UUAAAAAAUGAAAAAUCGUACUCAAGAGCUGCAACAGCCUGCUUGAAUGUAUGAGUACGAGAGAGAAGGGAACCCCACACGGUAUGCCUGUCUCACUCACUCCGCCUUAAACACUUUUGGUUGUAGCUAAGCAUUGGACAGCCCGUUCCAGUUAGUUUAGAGUUCACUGUCUAAAACUAGAAACAUAACCUUGUUUUAUUGAGAAUUCAUGACAUCAUGAGAAAUAAUUUAAUUUCCAUCCAUUAGAAUUUGUCAAGUGUGAUCUCUAAACUUUGGUCUCCAUAAGUUUAUGUUCCAGUUUUACAUUUCAAAAGUGUUCAAUAACAAUUUUAAAACGUCUUAGACUGUAGUAGCUAAGUUAGUAGCUAGCUGUGUUUGUUUUGUGUGUGGCGUGAAGCGGUGCUCGAUAAUAACAACAAAUGGCUACAAGAAGCGAUAGCGGCACAACUCCUAAGGAAGUAAAAAUAUUGGAUCAAAGCGGUGAAGGCGACGAUUCAUGCAAAGAUUACGAUGCCGGAACGCAAAAAGCUUUGGAGGAAAUCGACACCUGUCAGACUGUGAUCGAAGCACUGAAUGAAAAGGCAAGUAGAGAAAUUCUUAAAGUUGUACAGAAGUACAACAAGCUUCGUAAACCAUUUUUUGAAAAGAGAAACCAGAUCAUCAAUAGAAUAUCAUACUUCUGGGUUACUGCAUUUGUUAAUCAUCCACAAAUAUCAGCUAUUUUAGAUGAGGAAGAAGAAGAUUGUCUUCAUUACCUCUCAAAGUUGGAGGUUGAAGAGUUUGAAGACAUCAAAUCAGGGUACAGAAUAAAUUUCUAUUUCGACGAAAAUCCUUAUUUUGAAAACGAUGUCAUCAAGAAAGAAUUUCAUCUUGGAUCUUCUGGAGAUCCAGCUUCGCAAAGAACAACAAUUCGAUGGAAAGAAGGCAUGAAUCUAACGAAGGAAACCGACAAAAACAAAACUGGAAAAGCUCUUGGUAAGCGGUUCUUGAAACACAACACUUUCUUCGGUUGGUUUUCCGAUUAUGGUGAUCCCUCGGCUGAUGAUAUUGCAAAAGUAAUCAAGGACGACGUGUGGCUCAACCCUCUGCAGUAUUACCCGGUACCAGACAAUGACAUUGAGAAUGGACUUGAUGAGGAAGCAGAUGGCAUCUUUGAUGGAAACGACAAAACUGAAUUGGAAGAAGUAGAAGACGAUGGUUAUGAACCCACUGGUAUAGCAGUAGGAGAAGGUCGGGAAGGAGUCCCUCCUCUGCAAGAGGAGGAAGAUGCCGAUGCUUUGGACCAACAACCUGGUCCUGUCAAUGCAGAUGGUCCAAGGCCAUCGGAAACGAUCCCUGGACAGAGACUCGGAAGCCAUAUUUACGCAGACGGGAACGGGUAUUAUUACAGAACUCGAAGAGUCGUUGAAGACAAGAGGUACUUACGAUGCAAUAAUCGGCAGUGCCGUGCAUUAGCGUGGAUGCGGGUCGCUGACAGGUCGCCAAUAAUACCAAGCCGCAACAGUCCACUCCACAACUGCCAACCAGAUCCCGCAGGUGGGCAGAACAAGAAAUUCAUGUCUACCGUAAAGAAGCGGGCGAGAGAAGAAAGAGAUGUUUCCAUCCCUACCAUUUUCGCCGAUGAAGCAAUCAGACAUAAAGAUGCAGCUGUACGGCUAUCAAGAUCUACUGUUCUUCGAACAAUGAGCAGAUCGAGGAGGGCCCCUUGAGGAAGAUUGCUUUGCAACCUUCGUCAAACGAGAGAUGGGCAGAGUAACUUUGUGGCGGAAGUGGGAGGCGGGACAAUCGGUUUUGCCACCAGGAGAUUGGUUAAUGCCAUUCAUUGUUCACCUGGGUCAGGCAAACCACAUGCUCCUUGAUAGAACUUUCAAAGUCGUUUCUGGAAGCCCAGGAGGCCUAGUACAGCUGUUCACUGUACGCCUAAUGUACAUGGAUGUUGCAUUUACAAUUGCCCACUUUUUGAUGACCUCACGAACUGCCCAACUGUGCAAUUCUUCGCAACAACACCUAGUUGGGUGGGAAGUGGACAUCAUCACCACAGAUUUUGAGGUGGGCCUUAUGAAUGUGGCAAUGUCUCAUGAAUGCGGUACUCUCGUUUCUGAAAUGGAGUCUGGAAAAGUUCCUGUAACCUUUGCUGAGGCUGUAAGGACGUCUAGCGCUGCAAGCACUUCAUCUAGCAGUCUGUCUGUUGCAACAGUUUUGGAGCUGUUAGGGACAUUCCAGAAAUGGAAUAACACGUAAUUUCCAUCACUGAACACGUCUUCGGAGCAAUCAACAAGGUUCGCCGAUCCACCUGCUUUAGCGACAAAGACUGCUACAGCUACCACCCCCCCCCUCCCGCUGCCUGCACCCUCCUGCCUCCUGAGCAUGAAGUGAUUGUCGACAUCACCGAUUCUGACGACGGAGAAGCAUGGGCAGAUGUCGGCGAAGAAGAGGAAGAAUGUUGGACUCGUUCGAGUUCAUCUAGCAGCAAAAGCAAUGACGAUGACAUUGUAAACUGGGAGGAGUUUAUUGGUCAAGGCGUUGCAUUUGUGGAAGAAGCCACAUUUCCAAUUGCCGCUCCACCAGCAGCUGGAGGUGCUCAGAGAGUGAGAAGAGGCCGUGGACGACGACCGAGGAGAGAGAGGACCACGCUGGUCGGGCGAAAUUCUUGUGGUAGUCCCCAUCCCCCCAGAGAAUUUGAAUGUUGGUCGGGUCCGGCCUUGCGUAAUCUACCUGGACCAUCCUUCAACAAACAUAUUUAAGAAAUGUUUCAAUACUUGAAAGCUAUAAAGACAAAACUGAACUUCAUUUUGUAUUGGAUACAAAAACGUAUAUUUAACAAGUGUCAAACUAAAUUAAGUGACAGCUGACAGCUGUCACUACAUCCUUCUUUCCGCAGUAACUAAAUGUCUUCGGUUCCUUCUCAGCACUUCAUCGAUUGAUCUUGUAAGAUUUAUCUGGUAAGUUUUCUUCCACCGUUCCAUACCUCUUCAUAUCAGGAAUUCAAACUUUCUUCCCCUGUGCUAAUUCAGGCAAUGUCCUAACUCCAUUUCUACUGUCGUAGUAUAUUUUAUUGUACUUUUUCCUCUGAAGGUCAUUACUUCUGAAAACACCGAUUUUCUCUUGAGAUGUAGGUUGGACAGUAGACAAUGACGGAAGUGUUGUACGGAUUUUCCUUCGAUGCAUUAACUUAUGUGGACCACUUUUCAACGGAGUGCUUCGGGAUCUUCACAUUUGGUCAGGAUCCUUUUUGCUAUAUCCACUACUUUUUCAGUUUCCUCAUUUGACUGUACAAAUUUUGGGCUUGAUGUUCGGUGUUCAAAACUGUAUUGUUCAGAGAAUUCUCUGAAAAUAUCAGAUGUAAAUAAUUGUGUACCUCUAUCAGUGCGAACCACACAAGGUAUACCGUGGCGAGAAAAAACGUUUGCCAUAUGUUGAACAACACUCUCCGAAGUUAGUUUUUGCAGUAUUUGUCAUAUAGUCAUUCAAUAGACUUUCAGCAGUCAUGUAUUAUCAAGUACCACUUUCCUAAACAUUCAGCUAAGUCUGUCCCGAUUUGCUGCCAUGGUCCUUUUGGUAGGGGUGUGUAGUGGUUAGUUCUUUGCUCUUCACUACAAUUUGCAAUUAAAUUGUUGAUAUUAUCAGAAAUGCCAGGCCACCAUAUUGAUUCUCGGACCCGCAUCCUGCACUUGGUAACACCCAUUUGACCAAAGUUGGAAGUUCAAAUCGCUUUCCCAAAACAAGAUGAAAAUCUCUCACCUGCUCAAGUUAAUGCUAGGGCUUCUUUUUCAAUCUGUGCAUAGCUUGUUUCAGUCUUAGUCAAACUUCGUGAAGCCUACAUAACCGGUUGCCAUUUAAUAUCAAGAAGUUGUUCUACAAAUCCACCCAAUCACUGCAUUGAGACAUCUGCUGAAACUCUAGUUGGCAAGUUAUUUUGAUAUUGAGCUAAAACAGGUGAAGAAGUCACUUUUCUUUUAACUCGUCCCAUCUUUAUUGUUGUGCUGUUUGCCAGGUCCAAACUUUAUCUUUCUUCAAAAGCACUCUUAGAGGGGCUUUAAGGUCCACCAGCCCUGGUAAAAAUUUCAUCGAAUAAUUAACCAUUCCCAGCAUUUGUCGCACUUGAGACACAAUAUAAGUAGUAUAGGAACAGGUAAUUCCUUUAAAGCAUCUGUUUUAUCUUUGUCUGGUCUAAUAGUCCCUUUUAUUAUUUCAUGGCCAAGAAACUUGACACUAGUAGUUCUUAGUUAGCAUUUUUUUGUAUUGUUCAGAAUGACACCAUGCUCCUUUAAACUCACCAACAGUGCUUUCAAUCUCUCGUCAUGCUCCUCUAUUGUCUUCCCCACAACCAAAAUAUCGUCCGCCUGGUUUAUGACUCCCUCCACUCUUCUAAAAUCUGAGCAAUCCUUCUCUGGUACACUUAUGGUCUCGAACUAAUUCCAAAAGGCGAGCGUUUGAAAACAUAACGACCAAAACUGAUAAUAAAACAAGUUACAUUAUUACAUUAUAUCUCUCUUCAUUCAAUGGAAUCUGCCAGAAACCAUUUGAUGCAUGCAAUAGAGACAUGUGCUUGCUCCCUCCCACCUUUAACAAUUUUUCAUCAGAAGGCAGUUGUAACCUAUCUCCUUGAACGUAUUCAUUCAAUUCUGUAUAAUCUACACAAAUUCUCACUCUUGCUUCUUUUUCUGGGUACUACGACUAUUGGUGCACACCACUCAGUUGAAUCUGUUAUAGGUUCAAUCACACCUUCCUCACACAUUCUCUGUAACUCAUCAAGGGCAAUGAAAUUCGCCUAGGAGCAGUGAUUGCAUAUUGUGUAGAAUCCUUGACUAAUUUUAUUUUAUAUUCAGAUUGCUGUGGAAAUCUUCCUAGUUUAUCCGAGAAACCUUCUGCAAAGUUGUUAACAAUAUAAUUUUGCUCUAUGGACUCAACACAUGGCUGAAGUAAUUUUAAAGUUGAAAUAGCCCUUCUACUAAGUAGUGAAUAUGUUGGUCAGAUAAAA